UUAUACUUCAUCCAUCCAUCCAUAUACACAAACCCGACCCAUCAACUUAUAAACACAAGACAACGCCACUCAAGGCAACAGCCAAAAUAGCUUCCCCCACACUUCCGAAGCCGUUCCAUCUCGGCCCGUUCAUCACCCGCAUAAGACAACAAGCACGAGUCCCGCCCAGUGGAAUAUCCCAGGCAAUUCCAUAUCUCGCUCGCCGCGCCUGGACACCAGCACUACGAACAUUCGGCGCUAGUAAUAUAGCACGCUCUUGGGGAAUUCCUCAAGCGCGCUCCUUUACUCCCGCUCGCGCACUCCAUCAAAACCAUCCCCAGCAGCACCAGCAGCAGCAACAGCAGCGCGGAAUGAAAAUCGCAACGCUGCAAUUCGCGCCGCGGCUGGGCGACGUGGAGGGGAAUAUCCGCCGGGCUGAUGAGUUGCUAGAUGAGUUGGAGAGGAGGGUGGAUAUGUUGGUUUUGCCGGAGAUGGCGCUUACAGGAUACAACUUUUCCUCGGCAGACGCCAUCCGACCAUACGUGGAACACGUCGGACAAGGCCCGUCAGCCGAUUGGGCGCGCAAGACCGCCAAAAAGCACGGGUGUAAAGUGUGCGUGGGGUACCCCGAAGUCGAAACGACCAUCGCAUCUAGCGAGUCAACGACGAAAACCGAAACGUACUACAACUCGCUGGUAGUGGUCGACCCGCACGGGUCUGUCCUUGUCAACUACCGCAAGACGUUCCUCUACAUGGCUGACGAGCCAUGGGCGGCUGAAGGCGAUGCGGGGCGGAGCUUCCAGAGGCUGCGGUUUGGGGGUGAGAAAGGCGAGGAGAAGGAGAAAGAUAUAGCGACAUCGUUUGGGAUCUGCAUGGACAUCAACCCGUACAAAUUUGAAGCGCCGUUUACAGCGUUCGAGUUUGCUAGGCGGGUCCUCGACUCCCAGACCCAGCUGGUCGUGCUAUCCAUGGCGUGGACUACGAUGUUACCCGCGGAGGAGCUGCGCGCGCUGGGCGCCAAACCCGACCUGGAUACAUUCAACUACUGGAUUCAGCGGUUCAUGCCGCUAAUCCGAGAGAGGAUGGCGCAUGGGGCGGACGUAGAUGGGAAUGGGAAUGGGGAUGAGGGGGCUGAGAAGAGGGUUGUGCUGGUUUUCGCGAAUCGGUGCGGAGAGGACCCUGCUGCUGUCGAGGGGGAGGAGCCGGUAAGGUAUGCGGGUGGGAGUACGAUUAUUGCUGUUUCGCAGAGGAGGCGGCGGGGGUUGGCUGCUUUGAUGGGUGGGGAUGAUGGGCCGGAUCUGGAUGUCAAGAUUCUGUGCUGGGGAAUGAUGGGCGCUGCGAACGAGGGGAUCUGCUUUGCGGAUACGGAGGCUGAUCCGGAGAUGGUGUUUGCGUUGGUGAAGCCGGAGGGGUGAUUAGUAGGUAGGUAGCGAACUGGCCUCGAUGGGAUGGACAUUUUGACAAUGCUAUGAUUUGGGUGGUCUUGUAUAGAUACUUUGGCACCUGGCAGCAAGGUAUCCCAUUCAUCUCAAUGAUCACCACAAUGAUUAAUCCUGACCUAUCAUGUGAGACACGAAACCCCCCCUGUUUCAUGUGACGAGGCAUCAUAACCACCAAUCAAGCCAUUUCUCGCAAAAGAACAAGGUUCAUGACGACUUUCCCCGAUAGCUUAUCCAUCCCACAGGAUAGAAUGUGUAAUGUGUGCGCGCGCGUGUGUGUAUGUAUGUAGGUGUGGUGUAUGCAAGCAUGCAUGCAUGAAAGAGACAUGCAUGACAUGCAGUGGAGACGCCGCCCUCUCCGUCUCAUGACCUGUGUAUCUCACCAGUGACGGGGCCCGGAUCAGCGUGGUGUACGUAAAAGUGUGGAUUCAGACUGGAACUGGAACAGGGGUGGGGAUUGUCAAGGGGGUGGA